AUGAGCCCAACAGGGAAAUCCAGCCCAGGAACUGCAGCCCCCACAGAAGAGAGGAAACUCCGCCCCUGGCUGACCCUCUGGGUCACUCUUGUUUGUGCUCUUGUCCUCAAGGCCUGUGUCAUCUAUGGCUGCAUGGUCACUCUCCUCAUGGGAAAUCCAAGCUGUGAAGUGCGCAAGGCCCUGCCCCAGGAUUCCGCAGAGUGGCAUUGUGUCGUGGGGAGAGAUGAAGGGAAAGGGCGAGUCUGGACGUGCUGCCCCUUGGGCUGGGAGCCCUUUCAGACCAGCUGCUACUACUUCUCUAAAGAUAUCAUGAACUGGGGUGACAGCAAGAGGAACUGUACAGGGAUGGGCUCCCACCUGGUGGUGAUCAACACGGGAACUGAGCAGGAUUUCAUUUCCAAUUAUGUAAAAAGAACAGUUAUUGGCAUCCGAGUGGAGAAUUACUAUAUUGGUCUGGCACUGGAGAAAGGCCAGUGGCACUGGGUGGAUCUGACUCCAUAUAACAAGACGGCAGUGUUCUGGAUACCUGGGGAACCAAAUAUCCUCACUGUGGAGAAAUGUGUUGCUGUAGAUACAUCCCAAAAGGAGAACAGGAAUUGGAAUAACUUCCCUUGUAUCUCACCAUUUCAUCGAAUUUGUGAAACUGUGGCAACAAAUAUUUGA